CUACAAAAGGCCCCCACCCGCUGCCACCCUGAGUCCCUAUGUUGUGUGACUGUGAAGAGGGAGCACCCUUCGCUUCACAGUAGACCAAUUGGGCCGACAGGGUUUGUGCAGCAGCUGCAGGAGACCACAGAUACUUUGCCUGCAAACACUUGGGUGCCGGAGCGAUGGGAAACUCCACUGGAAGCACCGUGGACGACCUGCAGGCCGUGGAGAUGCACCUCUGGUACAAGAAGUUCAUGAUCGAGUGCCCCUCAGGUCAGCUCACCCUGCACGAGUUCAAGCAGUUCUUCGGGCUGCGCGGUUUGGACCAGGAGGCCAACGACUACAUCGAGCAGAUGUUCCGCACAUUUGAUAUGAACAAGGACGGCUACAUAGACUUCAUGGAGUACGUGGCAGCUCUGAGUCUGGUGAUGCGAGGAAAGCUGGAGCACAAGCUGCGCUGGUACUUCAAACUUUAUGAUGUGGACGGAAACGGCUGCAUCGACCGACACGAGCUCCUCAACAUCAUAAAGGCCAUUCGUGCCAUCAAUGGAAUUGAAAGUCAGGAUUCAAGCGCAGAGGAUUUCACCAACAGUGUGUUUGACAGGAUUGAUAUAAAUGGAGACGGCGAACUCUCCUUGGAUGAGUUUGUGGCCGGCGCUCGCACUGACAACGAUUUCAUGGAGGUGAUGAUGAAGAGUCUGGACCUCACCCACAUCGUGGCCAUGAUCCACAACAGGCGGCACAGCGUGUAGGAUCCGCCCACUCCGACGACCUCAACCUCAACCGGGAUGUGACCCGAGAGCUUCAGUGCGUCGUCGCCUCUGGUUAAAAAAAAUCAUUCACAGACUGAGAUUUCUAUUAAGAUUGAAUCCGGUUUAAUAUGAUGCUGGUGUAACGCUAACAUUUCUGUUAAUGUAAAAAAAAAAUGUGAUACACAUGCACUUUAAAUGCAUCAGGAUGACUCAAGUCAACCUUUGCGGACCCGUCAUUGUCCUUGGGUAACGAUGGCGAGUUCUCCCGAGGCCACGCUGGCGUCAGAGACGACCUCUGACACGGCCCACUUACCCUCAGAUACCCACCAGGGAUAAGAGAGGGAGAUAGUGGAGGAGAGCAGCAACUACAUGCACUCAGCUGCGAUUUCAAAUCUUUGCUUCUAUCUUUAUUUUCUGAGUCCCUCUGCAUCAGAUUACUCAAAUCUCUAUUUACCCUUUAGCGCCUGUGGGGUUCACAGGAUGAAGGACAGGAACAAAUGGAAGUUCCUGGAGAGAUUAAAAACAUUUUUAAAUAAAUAAAUUGACCUUGUUGUUUGAAACAAUUAUAGACGCUGCAAAAAGCAAACUGCUGACCUGUGGUUUUGUGUCUUGUGUUUCUCAGGCUGAAUGAUUUGCUUCCUGUUCAGCAUAAACACAGAUUCAGUUAUAGAUUAGCUUUCUGCUUGUUGGCUGUGCUCGACUGGAGCCUUUGGUUAAACGACUGCAGACUGUGGGUUUUUUUUCAGAUUCUGAUUAUUUGUACAAUAAAGACAAACACUUAACAUAAGCUGUGAACAUGUGUAAAUCAGUGGGACGCAGGAUAUUCACAGAAACAACAUUUAAACUCGGGGGAUAUUGAUAAUAUAUUUGGUUGUAAUAAAGUGAAUCUGUUUGGAAAUAUCCUAUAAAUAAAGAGCAAAAAUAAAUUCUGUUGACAAAACUCAA